AUGGCGGGUGAACUUAUGCUUUCGUUGUUUUUUGUGAACGCUUUCCUUCCAUGUUUCCUCAUACUUUUCAGUCUUUUUGGUGUUAGUCUCUACAUGUACAUUCAAUACAAAAAGAUGAGAGAUGAAAAGGAGGAUGUCAUGCGACUUCAACAAGCUUAUUUGGUCCAAAAGUCCCAUUCUAAUGUGAAGAUGCUCUGA